GGUUGAUUAAUGUCUUCUGUGGCCCCACAUUCUCCUAGUCUCGUGCCUUGAAUUCACCCUCUCGCUUUAAACGCAUCGCCAGAGCCUCAGCGGCGAAGCACAAGAAACAUAACAUGGACAAGGAACAGCAACGGGACGCCGCCAUGAAAAGGGCUCUUCUUAUUUUCAACUGCGUUUUGUUAGCCAUCGGCAACUGCGGCGGUCCGUUGGUUAUGCGUCUGUAUUUCGUCCACGGCGGAAAGCGCGUGUGGCUCUCGAGCUGGCUAGAAACCGGCGGCUGGCCCAUUAUUUUCAUCCCUUUGGCCAUCAGUUACUUCCACCGCCGCCGGGCCGCGGCCGGAGAAUCAACCACGCUCAUCUUCAUGAAACCACGCCUGUUUCUGGCCGCCACCGUGAUCGGCGUCAUCACCGGCUUCGACGACUACCUCUACGCGUACGGCGUGGCGCGGCUCCCGGUGUCGACGUCGGCUUUGAUUAUUGCGUGCCAGCUGGCGUUCACGGCGGUGUUCGCGUACCUGCUGGUGAAACAGAAGUUCACGUCGUACUCGAUAAACGCGGUCGUUCUAAUGACGAUUGGAGGGGCAGUUUUGGCAUUGCACACGAGUGGGGACCGCCCCGCCGGAGAAUCAACGAAAGCGUACGUGGCCGGGUUCUUGAUGACGGUGGCGGCGGCGUUGCUUUACGGAUUCGUUUUGCCGCUGGUGGAAUUAACGUACAAAAAGGCGAAGCAGCAAAUUACGUAUACUUUGGUCCUGGAAAUUCAGCUGGUUAUGUCCUUAUUCGCCACUCUCGUCUGCACCGUUGGGAUGUUAAUCAACAACGAUUUUCAGGUAAUUCCUCGGGAGGCAAGAGAAUUCGGACUUGGGGAGACCAAAUACUACGUCGUACUGGCGUUCAGCGCCAUAAUCUGGCAAGGUUUCUUCUUGGGGGCGAUUGGGGUUAUUUUCUGCUCGUCGUCUCUGUUUUCAGGGAUAGUAAUCGCGGUGUUACUGCCGGUGACGGAAAUUCUGGCGGUUGUGAUUUUUAGUGAGAAGUUUCAGGCGGAAAAGGGAGUGUCUUUGGCUCUGAAUCUGUGGGGUUUUGUGUCUUAUUUUUACGGUGAAAUUAAGCACGACAAAAAGAGGAAGCUGGAGCUUCAAAACGCAGAAUCAGCAUGUCAAAUUACAAGUGUCUGAAGUUUCWGUUUUUGUUCAUUUUUAUGUUUUUAAUUAAUUAAUCAUGAGACUUUGUUAGGGGAAAAGUAAUUAAUUAUGGUGUCAGCGUUGGGUGUGGAUGUUUACAACGCUUCUUUAUUUUUUGUUUUUGUAUGUUUGUGAGGAAUAGUGGGUGUAUAAAGUUAAUUCAUCCAAUCCUUUCAGUUAUUAGGAAAGUUUAGASAGGGAAUAUUUAAGUAUGACCCGAGGUUUUCUUUUACCAAACCUUACUGUGUAACCCCACCAAAAUUUCCUCAAUUUAAAUCUCUGCUCAUUACAUAUUGUAUUAAAAAAUA